AAAAACUGCAAUCACUUCAAAAACCAUUACCAUUGAAAUUUUGCCACCUACAUACUGUUUGUUACAGCCAGCUAUACCCCACUAUAAGCAAUUCCAGAAAUUGCUCCUCAAAAACAUGACUACCAUUUUACUUGUACUUGCAAAUAAAAGGACAAGAGCCCCCUGAAUUGCAACAUCUUAUCGUGUGCGCACAAAUAGCCUCUGCCACCACCACCAGGAUUUCCAUGCCACCCUCUACUUUACACAGUAUCUUUCGUAUAAUUGUCUAAAAAUUUCAACUUUUUCCCGAAAGAACCUCUUCAACUCUGUUUCUACUUUUCACUUUGUUCCUUAAGGAUCACUUGAUUUGCAGCAUAUUAAUUACUACUAAUUACUGCAUGCAGGAACAGCCAGCUCAGGCAAGCACCACGAGAUCUUUAUACCCCCACCUCAAACUUCACAUUAUUCUUCAUAUUGUCCUUAGGUUGUGUUUCCAUUUUGCAUUUUCCUACUGUAAAUUGAUUUCCUCCUCUUCCUCUCCAGUAUCCUUAAUUCAUAUGUUAUAUUAAUGACUCUGUUGAUGUACACUACUAGUGUAUAAACUCGCGAAUUCCAAAAAAUUCCCAAAAAAAAAACAAGUAAGCUAAAGCGGGUCCAGAAAACGGCCGGAUCACAAAUAUUUACUAUAUGCGUCUUACGCUAUAUUUGUGCAAAAUCUGCUUCCAUGUUUCAACUCGUAACUUCCUGAUUGCAUACCACCAUAUUCAUAAAAGGUCAGGCAGCGUCAAUGACUUGAACCAGUUAACUUUCUGAUCACAUGCCGUAGGUAUGAAAAGUCAAAAAAUAGUACAUCAUCAAAUUUCUCCAUAUAUCUUUCUCUUAUUAUUUCUAGGCCAAUAGGAAUAUAUAGAGGGGUCUAUAUUUACCAAAAUUCAAAUGCCGUUUUAAGUGCGACACCUCAAUCCCAAAGUCUUGUGAAUUGCUUUCAAACCUAGCUAGAAAGGAAAAAAGUAGAGAGUUUGGUGUAAAUUGACAAUUAACAUUUAAUAUAGAAGAAAAAAUUGGCAGCUACAUAUAUAAAUUCAACAUUGAAGUGGACAGGUGUAUUGGCGGUGCAUGCAACAAGUUGUAUGUUUAUGUUGACAAGUGUUAUUAAGCUUAUUGGGCAUUUUGUGGACUUUGGAUAAAGACAAUUUGUUCAUUAAUGGCGAACAAGGCGACUACAUUGAGAUCUUCAUUAACAAUCUUCGUCACCCUUCUUCUCUUCGUCGGAGCUAUCUUCUCCACACGUUUGCUCCACUCUUCCUUCGACUUUAAUCCAGUUGCAGGAUAUUCUCUACGAAAGACAAUAUUAACUCCCACAACACACCACAAUCUCAGCUCUACAACCCCAGCAGUCUCAAAACAGCCCCAAAAGAAACUGGAAAUCCAAUUAAAUUGUACAUUUGGGAACCUUACAAGGACUUGUCCUGCUUCUUACUAUCCGUCAAAGUUCACAGAUCAAAAUCAAGAUUCUACAUCAUCUCCUUCGCCUACAUGUCCAGAUUACUUCCGCUGGAUCUACGACGACCUAUGGCCUUGGAGAGAAACAGGAAUCACCAAAGAAAUGGUGAUGCGAGCCAGAAGGACGGCAGAUUUUCGGUUGGUGAUAGUGAAUGGAAGAGCGUAUGUCGAGACCUAUCGGAAGGCAUUUCAAAGCAGAGACACAUUUACAUUAUGGGGCAUUUUACAAAUGUUACGGAGGUACCCUGGUAAAGUGCCUGAUUUGGACCUGAUGUUUGACUGCGUUGACUGGCCAGUUAUUAAGACUGAAUUCUAUCGCCACCCUAAGGCUCCUGCUCCUCCACCUCUGUUCCGAUACUGUGGAAAUGAUAGCAGUUUGGAUAUUGUUUUUCCAGACUGGUCAUUCUGGGGAUGGCCAGAGAUUAAUAUAAAGCCUUGGGAGACUUUGUCAAAGGACUUAAAGAGAGGAAACGAGAAGAUAAAAUGGACCGACAGGGAACCAUAUGCAUAUUGGAAAGGCAAUCCUGUUGUUGCCAAAACCAGGAUGGAUCUGCUCAAGUGCAACGUUUCAGAAAAGCAGGACUGGAGUGCACGUGUAUAUGCUCAGGACUGGGUUCAAGAACAGAAGCAAGGUUACAAGCAAUCAGACUUAGCCAGUCAGUGCAUCCACAGAUACAAGAUUUAUGUAGAAGGAUCUGCAUGGUCCGUGAGUGAAAAAUAUAUUCUGGCCUGUGAUUCUGUUACAUUACUUGUAAAACCCCACUACUACGAUUUCUACACCAGAGGUUUGAUGCCACUGCAACAUUACUGGCCCGUAAAAGACAAUGACAAAUGCCGAUCAAUCAAGCAUGCUGUUGACUGGGGGAAUAUUCAUAAACAAGAGGCACAGGCGAUUGGUAAGGCAGCAAGCGAUUUCAUUCAAGACCAACUCAAAAUGGAUUAUGUGUACGAUUACAUGUUCCAUCUCUUGAGUGAGUAUGCAAAGCUCUUGAAAUACAAGCCCACUGUACCUCGAAAAGCAGUUGAACUAUGUUCAGAGGCAAUGGCAUGCCCAGCUGAAGGACUGACAAAGAAGUUCAUGUUGGAAUCUAUGGUUGAAGGCCCAUCUGACGCGAUACCUUGCAGCAUGCCACCUCCCUUUGGUCCAGCAGGUCUUCACUCUAUUCUUGAUACAAAAGAAAACUCAAUAAAACAAGUUGACUCUUGGGAACAACAAUACUGGAAGAACAAAAGCAAACAACAAUGAGGAUUUUAGGUUUUUCUUUUUUACUCAAUUGUUUACACGUACAAGCGAGGUAUAAUUUUUUAGCUAGUCUCUUGUAUGAAUCAUCUUGCACUAUGAUGGAGAACGAACGAUAAGUCUUGGUGUUGGGAUAACAUAUUUGUUAGGGGGAAAUAAUUCAGGGACGAUGUUUUGACAUUUUGUCUUUAUGUGGAUAUUUGUAAAUAUAUUCAUUAGCAGUACUGUGACAAUGCUCAAAUUAAGGGAACACAAUGGUAUCUGGUUUUAGUUAGUUCUUCUA